AUGAAGACCCGUCGUAGUAUAACUGGACAAUCUCCUAAACUCAAGCAAUUGUCUAACUUUAACGACGAUGGCACGGUCAGCAUACAGUCCGUCACCAGUUCUCAAGGGACCGAAGUGCCAGAGAAACCACAUGAAUUGAAGAGAGCAUUGAAAGCUCGCCAUUUAACUAUGAUAUCGUUGGGUGGUACUAUUGGCACAGGAUUGUUCUUGACUUCAGGCGCAUCGAUUGCCCAAGCCGGUCCUGGAGGUGCUCUUGUUGCAUACGCUAUCACUGGUGUUAUGGUGUAUUUCAUGAUGGAAUCCCUUGGUGAAAUGGCCACCUACCUCCCUAUUUCUGGCAGUUUCAAUAACUAUGCCGGUCGUUUCCUCGAUCCAGCACUAGGAUUUGCUUUUGGAUGGAACUACUGGUACAAUUGGGCUGUUACUUUGGCUGUAGAACUAUCAGCAGGAUCUAUUAUCAUGGCUUAUUGGCUACCAGAUGUACCCGGCUGGAUCUGGUCACUUAUUUUUUUGAUUUUCAUGCUUGCACUGAACUUAUUUUCGGUCAAAGGAUAUGGUGAAACGGAAUAUUGGCUGGCACUACUGAAGGUCAUAACUGUCAUUAUAUUCAUCAUCGUCGGUAUUUUGGUGGCAAGCGGAGCUGUUGGAGGACAUGUAUAUGGCUUUGAAAAUUAUGAACUUGGCGCAUUCCAAGGAAUGGGUGUUUUCACCACAUUUUUGUUAGCGGCUUUCAGUUUUCAAGGUUCUGAACUAAUUGGUGUCAUUGCUGGAGAAACUGAAAAUCCUCGCAAAAUGGUGCCUCGAGCUAUCAAGCAGGUUUUCUGGAGAAUCUUGUUAUUCUAUAUCUGUUCCUUGUUUAUCAUCGGUCUGAUCAUUCCAUAUAAUGAUCCAUCCCUGCUAUCUGCCAGCGUUGAAAACAUCGCUACGUCGCCAUUUACUCUGGUUUUCCAAAAGGCUGGUUUAGCUGGCGCUGAUGAUUUUAUGAAUGCGGUUAUUCUUACCACCGUAUUAUCGGCUGGUAACUCUGGAUUGUAUGCAUCUAGCCGAACAUUGUUCGACUUAGCAUCUGAAGGUCGGGCUCCCAAAAUCUUCACAAAAUUGACCAAACAAGGCGUACCCAUCUAUUGUGUCCUUUUGACUACCUUGAUAGGUGGAUUGGCAUUUUUGUCUUCUCUCUUCGGAAAUGGUGUGGUAUAUCAAUGGCUGAUUUCUAUUUCCGGUGUUGCUGGACUGAUCGCUUGGUUGAACAUAGCAGUCUGCCACUUCCAAUUCAGACGAGCCUAUGUCUUGCAAGGCUAUAGUGUUGAUGACCUACCAUUUAAAGCACGACUUUUCCCGUUCGGCCCUAUCUUCGCCUUUGCGGUGUGUACAUUUGUUUUAGUAGGACAAGGUUAUUCGUACUGGUCAGUGGAUCCAAUCGAUCCUGUAUCGCUAGUCGCUUGCUACAUUGGCGUACCCAUUGUCGUCGUGCUCUAUGUUGGCUACAAGGUCAUCAUGAAAACCAAGUUUAUCCCAUUAGCAGAGGUGGACUUAAUAACCGGUCGAGAAGAGAUCAUUUUGUAA